AUGGACAUUCCUCUUCAAGUGACAAUUGUUAUAAGUGCCACAUUUCUUGGCAUUUCUGAGGCUCUUCCAAAAAAACCAUAUUACUGGACAACUCGGAAACUAGAAUGUGAAUCCAUAGCAGGUCAUCGAGUAUCACGAUGUGCCUUACAUAAUCCGGAAUCAAAAACUGAACUGAACCCUUUAUGCUACGAAGAAAUUGAUGAGGUAAAGAAUGAAACAAAAAUUUACUGUCGCAUAAUGUGCGAAGAAUCAGAUGAUACAACUGUGCUGGCAAAAGUACCCACGUGGAAUCAUGCUUGUAACGUUUACUACAAUUAUAUGCUCGAAAGGUUCCGUGAGGAUUGGUAUCUUUGGCGUUCAGGUGAUUGCCUCAAUACAACUAUAACAUUCGAAGUAAGGUGCGGUUUUGCUCGUGAUUCACGAGUGUUUUAUCGACAAAACCAAAAAUUAUUUGAAUAUGAUGAUACAGAAGAUGAGCAGAAGCGAGCAAGAAAUUGGCGAAUUGCUUUUGCAUAG